AUGAAUCACCACGGUCCUUCGAUUGUGUCUCCUAUCUCUGAGGUCCCGACUCUGAGGGCUCGCAAGACUGCCUCUACUGGCGGUAAUCGAUCCUGGUCAGAGGAAGAGGAAAACUACCUCUUGCAGACUCGCAUGCAGAAGAUGCCCUAUAAGCACAUUGCCAUACAUCUGAAAAAGACUGAGCUUGCCUGCCGUCUCCACUUUCACCAACUCUCACAUGGCAGCCAUCGCCGUAAACGCGCCGCCUCGAUAUCCUCAUACACUUCCUCCAGCUCCACCGAGCAGUCUCCUUAUCUCGGCCAACACCACUACCCGGAACAAACCGACUCGGUCAUCGAAUCUCGUCAAAGCUCCCCAAUAAUCUAUAACACCACUCCUUCACAAAGCAUUCAUACAUCACCCGCAAGACGCACCUCCUCCCACCAGCACAAAACUCUCCUCCCCAAACCAAGCCCGCCAACACCACGUCACUCUCCCGACCGCGAGCGUGGAGCGCAAGGCCUUCGCAUCAACACUAGCGACUCUAUGCUCCGCCAGACCUCCCCAUCAGACUCAGCCGUCGAUACCACGCGCCUUCGCGCUCUCUACGACGCCCGCCGUGCCUCCUUCUGGGCUUCCAUUGCCGCCGACUACGGCCAGAACAUCUCGCCCGCGCAUCUCGAACACAUCUGGCAAUCCACCACCAAUCCAGCCCGGCCUCCGACCCCAGAGCCCAGUCCCGACGGCAGUCUCCUCACGCGCCCGGAACUCAAGCCUGCUUUCGUUUAUUCCACUGAGCAGCACCGUGGCUUUACCCCUGUCAAUCAGUAUCAAUACCACAGUCAGACCCACCAGACCCACCCGGUCGCUGCGAGCGAGGGCAGGCCGCAGUACACACUUCCCCUACCCCAGCCACAGACAAAGUCACAGCCGCAAUCACAGCCCAGUGCGCCCGCGCUCUCGCGUUCAUGGUCUGGAAGCUCCAACGUGCCGAUCGCUGCGCUAUUGACAUCAGAUCGCGAGCCGCGCCACGAGUAG